AAGAGUUGAACUAAAUGACAUUGGUAAGAGAAAGAAGACGCCAGCAAGCACUCAGGCUUCCCUUACCUCCCCAGAAUCUAUCACCGUAUUUUUGUUAUCGGGUUCAGUCGCCAUCAUCACUGCUGUCAUCUUCGAUAAGGCCGGAUUCUCCCGACAUUAAGGGCCUCGCGGAGCUCGAGAAGCUGGCCGUGCUUGGCCACGGCAAUGGUGGGACUGUUUAUAAGGUUCGACAACGUCGGAGCUCUUCCAUUUAUGCGUUAAAGGUGCUGAGGUUCGACCAUGAUGCAAUUGGCAUUUGGCACCAGGCUGGUCGCGAGGCAGAGAUCCUCAAGCGGGUUGAUUCGCAGUUUGUUGUGAGGUGUCAUGGAGUGUUUGACAGUGGGACGGAUGCAGACAGCGGUGAAUUAUGCUUUGUGAUGGAGUACAUGGAAGGUGGGUCGUUGCAUGAUGUACUGAGGCUCCGCCGGAGGCUCCCGGAGAGUGUUAUCUCCGAUGUGGCCAGACGGGUCCUGGAAGGACUCAAGUAUCUGCAUGGAAUGAAGAUUGUUCACAGAGAUAUUAAGCCAUCGAAUUUGCUUAUCAAUGGCAAAGGAGAGGUCAAGAUUGCUGAUUUUGGGGUGAGCCAGGUGGUGGCGGGUUCACUUGAAGCAGGCGAUUCCUACGUAGGGACGAGCGCUUAUAUGAGUCCCGAGAGGUUCGAUUCUGAAAAGUGGAACGGAGGGCCGAACGACGAUGGGUUUGCCGGAGAUGUUUGGGCUCUUGGAGUGACAAUGCUGGAAUGCUAUAUGGGUCAUUUCCCCUUGAUUGCUCCGGGACAGAAACCUGAUUGGGCUACACUCAUGUGUGCCAUAUGCUUCGGUGAGCCACCCAAGUUGGUGGAGACGGCAUCGCCGGACUUUGAGAGCUUCAUCCAGCGAUGUCUGGAGAAGGAUUGGAGAAACAGAGGGACGGUCUUGGAGCUCCUGAGUCACCCUUUUGUGACCAAGCGUUGCACUUCCGCAGGAGGUCUGGUUGGUUUUCCUGAUUGAGACGAGUUAUAAUUUUCCUUUAUUUUAUCCUUCUUUCUUUUUCACAAUCUUUUUUGCAUUUUUUGGGCAGUUCCUUGGGUAGGUCAGGUCGUCAAUUUAGACAUCUGGAGAUCUUUUCAAUUCUCUUUCUGCAAAUUAAACUACAACAGAAAAAAAGGGUGAAAAAUCAUAAAAAUAAAACAGGAAAAAAGAAGAAAAAAGGGAAAUGGCUCUUAUUUCUGAUGUAGAUUGAUUGAGUGCAUCAAUUUCUUCUAUGAAGGUCUCCAUGAAUCUGAUAGACUGGUUACCUGAUGGGACUGUGGGAAGAAGAAAUGAUGUAUAUUCAUAUGGGGGGUUCGCAUCCGCCCCCCACAACUUUGCCCCCCAAAAACGUCCCACGCGCUGUGAGUGCGCCGCGUGUCCUCCCACACGCGGAUUAGAGGGACUCUUGCGGAGCUAACCGUGUGUCCUCUCGCCCAAAAGGUCAUCCUUCUCAUUUCAGAACACUUCAACCCUUUGAGCUCCGCUGGUCGACGCGCUCACUUCAACCUUCCACCUUCUGCUCUCAGAACUGAAAUCCGCCGGAGAUUGCACCCCUUUGAAUUCCGCCGGUCGACGCCGACGACCGUUUCGAAAGCGAAGCAUUUUUAACAGCGAGAAACGACGAAGAAGAUGUCCACUCAAACGCCUUGUUACAGGUCCCUUGUUAUAUCCAUUUUCUCAGUUUUCAUGAACCCAUUUUGCCUUCUUCAAAACCCACAUAAUCAAUCAAAAACAACCAAUUUGUUAUUUGAAAAAAAAAUAGAUUUUUCUUUCGAGUAGGCGAAGAUAGUUUAAAUUGAUUGAAAGGGGAGUCUUUGAUGCCGUUAUUCUGUGCAAGGCACGCAACACAACUCCCACAUAAUUUGGUAGUGAGAAGAAAGAAUCUCACAUCCAAGCAUGUAGGCGUUCUGCAAUUAUCCAGUAGUAAAUGCUGCCUAGCCGCCUCUUCCAGCAAGGUGGGUCUCUCAGAAAACGCUGCUUCUCUUUCGGGUUUUCAUCGAACUUCUCCAUCGAUCAUGGAGGACGAAAAGUUGGGGAUUAUAUCCUCUGAAACAGAGGAAUAUUCAACAGAAUUGGAUGUUGCUGUUAGAAUCGUCCAAAUGGCUUGCUUUCUCUGUCAGAGGGUGCAGGAGAGCUUGAUUUCCAAGGGCAAUAAUCAGGUUAAAUCAAAAGAUGAUAAUUCUCCGGUCACAGUUGCAGGAAAUGGUUCUGCUGCUAAACAUGAAAAUUUGUUAUUCCUCCGAGGGACUGAGGGUAUGGGUUCCGUUUCGUUUUCUAGAAGCCACAUCUUGAAUUUGUUGGCUGGUUUUGGUUUGGUUUACAACUGAAGUCUGGGAGAUUUUACCAACAAAGGUAGAUUUUUGGUUUUGGUCAAUGGAAGAGAUAGAGUUGCAGAUGUUGCAGCGGUUCUGACUUGUUGGCGUCGACCGGCGGAACUGGA